AUGAAUACAACUAUAUCAUCAUUUUGUAUGAUUCCAAUUCGUAAAACUGGAACGUUCAGUCUCGCAAUACAGUCAAUUUUAUUAGUAAUUAGCCUAACACUUGUAAUAUUUCUUAUACUACAUGUUGAUAAAAAAAUCCUAUUCAAUGAAUCCAUUACAAAUGAUUUCAAGCAUAGCAACGACACAUUCGAUGACAAGGUAAGUCAACUUAUCGACGAUGACAAAGCGAGAGCAUUGGAUUAUCUCGAAAAUGCCACAAUACAGUUCGGUAAACCUGGUUUCGAAGUAGAUCUAAUGGAAUUAAUUCGAAUUUCAACAGUUGUAUACAUCGGAAUGUGCAUACUGUGGUUAUUAUCAUUAUUUACGCUACUAGCAUCAAUAAAAUUAGAAUCAUUGGAUUUGAUUAUAAUAAAUUCAAUCGUUUUAUGCGUUCAAAUGAUAUAUGCUAUGAUACAUGCGCUAUUUAUAUCAAUUCUCUUCUUCUAUUACGAUGAUGUAAACUGGAAAAGCUGGGUAAUAACUGCAGCAGUCGUUAUGGGCACUGUUAUAACAUCAUUAUUAUGUGGUCUUGCACUGGCCAUGAAUAUUGCAUGGCACAGAUAUAUAGUGUACAUUAAUGAUAAUGAUGAGUGUCAGUGUAUUUCGUCUUGCACCAAAUUCAUUAAAAAAACAAAACAAAAGCAGAGAACAGCUAAUGACUACAGUAUACCAGAAGCGACAAAUUGCGCUAGACUACCAUAUUCAGAGGAACCUGUCAUUCAAUCGUUUAGCCAGUUCUAG